UUGCGCGCACACGAACGCGGAAAAUCGUUGAUUUUACGAUCGGAUUCUACGGAUUCCACGGUGUGAUCUCUCCAGUGCUGAUACGUUUCAACAAUCAGAAUGUAUCGCAUACUACUUUUUCUCAUCUUCAUUUAUGGGAAUAUUCGUGGAAUGCAAUUCCAUACCAAAGAAGAUGUACCUCGUUUAUAUCAUCCGCGCUUCUUAAUGUAUGAGGAACCGUAUAACAUCGAGUUCAAGUACCACAAUUACGAACAGAUGAGCCGCUUUCUUCGCGCGACGUCCCUUCGAUUUCAAAAUCUCACUGCGCUAUAUUCAAUAGGAAAGUCGGUGAAAGGUCGAGAUUUAUGGGUAAUGGUCGUUUCAUCCUCACCUUACGAGCACAUGAUUGGAAAACCUGAUGUAAAAUAUAUCGCUAACAUACAUGGAAAUGAAGCUGUGGGACGCGAAUUAAUGCUACAUCUUAUUCACUUUCUCGUGACAUCGUACGGAUCAGACGCAUAUAUUACAUGGUUAUUGGACAAUACAAGAAUUCAUAUUUUGCCGUCAAUGAAUCCUGACGGUUUUGAAGUCUCUAAAGAGGGACGUUGUGAUGGUGGUCAAGGCAGGUAUAACGCGCGCGGCUUUGACCUAAACCGUAAUUUCCCGGACUAUUUUAAGCAAAACAAUAAAAAGAGCCAGCCGGAGACCGAAGCCGUUAAAGAAUGGGUCUCGAAGAUUCAGUUCGUGCUCUCGGGCAGUCUGCACGGUGGUGCGCUCGUGGCCAGUUAUCCCUUCGACAAUACCCCAAAUUCGCUGUUUCAGAGUUUCACGUCGACGCCGAGCGUCUCGCCGGAUGACGACGUAUUUCAACAUUUAUCGUUGACGUAUUCUCGAAAUCACGGAUCUAUGUAUCAGGGAUUACCCUGCUCUCCGUCUCAGCCCGCAUUUAAACGUGGAAUUACUAAUGGCGCCGAAUGGUAUCCGCUUACUGGUGGAAUGCAAGAUUUCAACUACGUGUGGAACGGCUGUAUGGAGAUCACCUUGGAACUUUCUUGCUGCAAAUAUCCACCAGCCGCGGAUCUACCACAUUACUGGGCGGAAAAUCGAGCGUCUUUAAUCAAAUUUCUGGCAGAGGCUCACAGAGGUGUUCAUGGUUUUGUUAUCGAUGAAAAUGGUAAUCCUAUCGAAAGGGCUUCCGUUAAAGUGAAAUCACGAGAUGUUAGUUUUUCAACAACGAAAUAUGGUGAAUUUUGGAGAAUUCUUUUGCCUGGUGUUUACAAGUUAGAGGUAUUUUCGAAUGGUUAUGUACCUCGUGAAGUUGAAUUUGUAGUAAUCGAACAACAUCCGACGCUUCUUAAUGUUACCCUUUAUUCGGUAAAAAGACAAUACGACGAUGAAAAUGGGUCUGUUUUAUAUAACGGAAACAUCGGUGGGAGACCUUAUCCACAUCGUGACCAUACGUUGCAUUAUCGACCCCAAUCAGGAAUUAAUACUGCGGCUGAUGCCAACAACGGUAUCUUCUCGUCUAUCAGUAACGGAUUUAAUAACUUUGUGACCAAUCUCUUUGGAUAAUCUUAUGAAACACAUAUACAAAUAACAUUAUUUAUUUAUUCUAUAUUAUUGUGUAAAGUAAAAUAAAAUGUUAAACUUAGUCUGUCAAUAUUUGAUAGAUAAUUGGUGCAAGAAACCAUAAUCCGAUUAAUCGGCAAAAUACUGCCAAACAAUACUGCAACUUAAGUUAUUUCAUAUUAAGUUUAAUAUUUCUACGCUAUAAAAUAUUUAUGUAUUCGCCAGAAAUGUUUAUUAAGAAAUGUACUUUUAUUCUAUUUAUAAAUAUAUAAACGCACAACUAUAUUUUUAUUUAAA